AUGGUACAGGGAUCCACCUCUGAUCCGGAGAACAUCAAGGGGGUCCACGCCAUUACUACUCGUAGUGGUAAGGUUUUAGAUGGGCCUUUGCCAAGCCCACCUUGCACAAAUGUCACCACUUUGAGUAGAACUGAAGAUGCCCCCUCAAAAGAGCCUGAAAAGGAGGUUAUUAUCCAAGUGCCUUUUCCCCAAGCUCUCAGAUCUAGAGGGAAAAUUUUAGACAACCAAGGUGAGAUUUUGGAACAUUUGAAAGAAUUUAAGAUUAAUAUACCUUUGUUGCAUGUGAUUAAGCAAGUAUCAUUUUAUGCUAAGGUGAUUAAGGAUCUAUGUACCAUAAAAAGGAGACACCAUGUCAAUAAAACUGCAUUUUUGACAGAACAAUUAGGUCUUGGAGAGAUAAAACCCACGCCCGUGGUGUUACAGUUGGCUGACCGUUCUAUUCGGAAACCAAGGGGGAUAGUGGAAGACAUUUUGCUUCAAAUUGAUAAAUUCUAUUAUCCUAUUGAUUUUCUGGUUUUAGAUACUCAAUCUCUUUCAUUUGAGAAUAUGAUUCUUGAGGUGAAUAUUUUUCAUGUUGGGAAACAACCUCAUGACGAGGACGAGUGCUAUCAUACCUACAUGAUAGACUCUUUCAUUACAGAGGAAGUAGAUGAAAGGGAAAAUUUUGAAUCUUUAGAAUAUCUCCUCUGUGAUUCUGAUUUGAAUUCUGAAUUUUUGUUUUAUCCUGUUAAUGAUGUUUUUAAUGUUUCCUCUAUUCCUAAUGAUAUGCAAGAUAAGAAGAAGAUGCUUUGA